GUUAAUGCUCGCGGUUUUUCAAUGUAAACCCUAACUUUUCAUUUUCACACCAAAUAAUCAAAUGCACUAAAUAAAUACACGAUUCAUGGAGUAUAUCUGCUUUCAUAUUAUCAAUAAGUUCUACUUUCGUUAAGACUGAGUUUGGCCACACCUAGAUCCUGUCCUAUUUUCACAAAAAGAGAGAGGAGAGCUUUUCUUCUUGUGCAUUUGUGUGAGUGCCGGUGAGUACCCGGCUGUGUAACUUGAUAGGAGUCCGAGAGAAGCAAUAAGGGAAUGUUGGCCAGCUAUGGAGCGGAAUGCAAUCCAGUGGUUGGGCGCUCCCUGUUGCCUGCGUGGAUCCUUCGCCUUCUACAAGUCGUUCCGCUGCGGACCGGAACCGGAAUGCAGGGAUCCGGAUCGACAGGAUCCAGAACGGCAGGAUCCAGAACGGCAGGAUCCAGAACGGCAGGAUCCAGAACAGCAGGAUCCAGGACGGCAGCAGGAUCCAGAACAGCAGCAGGAUCCAGAACAGCAGGAUCCAGAACGGCAGCAGGAUCCAGAACAGCGGGAAUCUGCGCGGCGGGAUUCGGGGCGCCCGGCGAGGGUUUGGCGGCUGGGCGAGUUCUACUUCAUGCGCUGCUCCCCCCAGGACCCCGUGUGCGUGGCAGAGCUGGCCUUGCUGUGGGAGGACCGCGCACAGCGCCACCUGCUGGCCAGCUCACGCCUCUACUUCCUGCCCGAGGACACGCCCACAGGCCGCACCGAAGAGCACGGAGAGGAUGAGGUUCUGGCCGUGUCAAAGAAGAUUGUUCUCCGGGUAGAGGACCUGGUGAACUGGACCUGUCCAGAACCUUCCGGGUGGAAAAGGAGCGGCCCAAAUGCCCACGGGACAGAGAACUGCAACGGAAUCUCCCCGAACGCGAACUCUGACCCCACCACGACCUCUGACCCUGGCGAGCAGAGGGCAGAGAGUGGCCCCGCCCGCAGGCUGCAGGUGAAGGUGUUGAGUUACCUGCAGUACUGUCGCUUCCGCUCCCUGCAGCGUCGGGUCCAGGACCCCCCCGCCCUGCAGGACCCCCACCUGCUGGCCCUGGGGGGCGUGUGCAUCAGCCCCCACACCCUGGUGCUGUACUGCAGGGACACCUUCACGCACCCCACCCUGGGCAACAGCUCCAGCCUCUGGACCCAGCUCGGAUGCACCUCUCUCAGCCUGAAGGGGAGGCCUCGCAAGAGGAGGGGGGUGGACGGGAGGGAGCGAUCACCUCUCAGCCAAUCAGAGUCCUGGAUCGAGAGAAUGAAGGAGAACGUGAUGGGCAGUGUGGAGGUGCCGUGGGAGGGGGGCUGGCUCCCCCACCCAGAGGAGCAGCCCUUCCUGGACCAGCUGUACAGCUUCAUGGAGCGGAGAGGCUCCCCCAUCAGCAAGGUCCCCAACCUGGGCUUCAAAAAGAUUGAUCUGUUCCUGCUGUUCUCUGUGGUGAAGAGGCUGGGAGGCUAUGAGAGGGUGACGGCGGAGCGGCUGUGGAAGCAGGUGUAUAACGAGCUGGGGGGGAGUCCAGGCAGCACCAGCGCUGCCACCUGCACCCGCCGGCACUACGAGAGGCUGAUUCUGGCAUAUGAGGAGCAUCUGACCGGAGGAGAGGCGGAGCUUUCCAAACCUCUGCUGCCCUCGCCAGCCAAUAGGAGCAAGGAGCUGCAGAAGGAGAAGGCAGCGGUGGCCAAUCAGAGGGUGAAGAUGAGCAGCCCGAGCCCGGGGGUGAGGAAGAGGGGCCGGCCCCCAAGUCGGCGGAACUCCAAGACCAGCCCGAAAACGCCCCGGACAGAGGCCCCACCCACGCAGACCACGCCCACCCCCACUGGCCUGCAGGACCCUUCUGGGGCCCCCGGCCCCGAGGCCGCCUGCCUGGGGCCCUUCAGCCCGCCCAAGGGCCUCUGCCCCCUGGAGCUGUUCCGCUCCCGCCUGGGCCUCAGCGCCGUGGAGGCGGGGCCCCCGAGCCCGGCUCUCCAGCCGUCCCCUGGGGUCCUGCUGGCGGAGGGGGGGUCGCGCGGGCCCCCGCCCCCCCUCAGGGUCCUCCCGCUGGACAUCGGCUGCAGCCUGCAGGUGCGGCAGCUCAUGCGCACACGCCUGGGCUCCGCCCAGCUCUCCUCAUUCGCCAAGAGACUCACCGAGGUGCUGGCACAUGACCUGAGCAAGGCCCGCCCCCCGGCCCUGGCCACGCCCCCUGGCCCACUGCUGGCCAAUCAGGAGCAGGCACUGCCGCUCAACCUCAGCAAGCGCUGCGGGGAGAAGCGCGAGGGGGGCGGGGCAGGGGGCGGGGCUGAGUGGCGGGAGGAUGACUCCUCCCUCACGCUGAAGCGGGUGUGUGGGGGGUGGGACUCCUCAGCAGGGGGGGGCCCCCUGGUGAAACCCGCCGGGGGGGGCUCUCUCCUGGGGGGGCAGGACGAGCCCGCCGACCUCAGCUGCCCCCGCCGCGCCCGCGCGUCGCUACGGCAACACAACGGCCAGGAGGCGGGGCCUCAGUGUGCACCCGGACCCAGCCCCCAGCCACCAUUGGCCAGCGGGGGAGAUGGGGGCGUGGCCUGGGACAGCAGCUCGGAUGCUGGAGCAGACUGUAGGGGGGCGGAGUAA